CGCGGGGACACGGGGGGAGCACAGUAGGGUCGAACCUGUGGUGGCAUCUCCACCGAGUACACCGCCAUGGCCAUUGUAUUUCCAGACAUACUGCGACUUUAGACCGAGAAAACUUUGACGCCGAGACAAACGGAAUCCUCCAGACCGAUAAACACACACUUUUCACUGCCAGCGUAGUACAUACAUUUAUGUGUAUGAAGGAUAGUUAACGAUAUCGAGUAAAGUGUCCGCAACCUGUGGAGCAAAGUGGAGUGGACUCGUAAUGUCGUAAACCCAGAUGUUGGGGAUGACUGCAAAGGCGCACUAGCACGUGACGUCCAGAUUCGGUAGUCUCCGAACCCUCUAGAACGCCCAUUCCACUCAACCCCCCACCCCCCGCUUCAUGUCGCUCCUACCAGUAUUCUAGACAUGGCCAUAUCACUGCUGCCCAAAGAACUCCGCUUACAAAUUUGGGCCAAUGUAUACUUCAACGAACCACCUCGGCUAGUGGCUUUGGAAACUAAGCCUCACGAUGAGGGGCACGACGAGCAACACUUUUGCCCACGGUAUUGCCCCAGCCCGGCUCCCAUAGCCGUGAACCUGUGUCAGGAGUCGCGUACAGAAGCUCUUUAUCAGGCCACCAAGGCGAACCACAUUGUCCAUCUCCCCGCUGGACUCACGGGAACCAGUUGUGACGAUUUCUAUUUCCGCGUGGACACAGACAUUCUACUACUUCAGCUCCAUGGGUCGCGCGUGAAACACUACGAUGAUUCACCAGAAGUGGGUUUGUUGGCUCAUUUUCUCCUUGCGACUGGCUGCCAUCCAACAAAACUGAGAACUAUUGCCAUAACCAAAGUCAUUCUACACGGGUUUCGAGACGGCAGCCUGUCCAAUGUUUUGCGGGGGUUUCCCAACAUCUCACGCAUGGUCAUGAUGCUGACAGAAGACGUUUGGGACAACGAUGCACAGAAGGAACUGUUUGUUCGUGCAGCUGCGAGAAUAGUACGUAUGUACAAACUCGAUCUCAUGAACCAUGCUCGCGCCUUGGGCGAAACGUUCAAAGCACAUCCUUUUGAUGUCGACUUUGCGACGUUUCGUUGUGGGCGUCUAGAUAUAGUUCCCAAGGACGUGUGGAGAGACUGGAGCGAUGGCGGCGACGAGUGGGCGACACUAGAUAAUUCUGAGCCCUUUUGGUAAUACAUGCAUUACUAUGCACAUC